AUGUUGUCUACUUGGUUAACACGCUGCCUUCUCAGGUGCACAGCUCCUCGGCCGCCGGUGCCUGUUUUGCCCAGCUCUGAGUCUCCAACUGCUAUUUCGACACCAGAGGCCGAGAAAUCACAGGAGGCUCAGGAUAUACUGAAACCCCCACAGCUACAGAAACCGCAGGCACCAGACUUGGGGCUCCUCCCAGCUGAACUCAUCCUCCUCGUGUCCGAACUCCUCCCGGCUGCUGAUGCUGUUUGCCUCGCUCUGACGUGCAAACGCAUGUGCUAUAUAUCUGAUGUUCAGAACCUGGCGCGCCGCCUCGACUUCGAUGCCACGGAAACCCUGCUUGGGCGCCUAGAAAGGGAUAUGACCGGUGUCAGUUAUUGCGCUAUCGAGCAGAAGCUUGCACGAUUUGACACCCGCAUGUCGACAUGGCUGCCUGUUCACUUUCACCUGCAUACACUCUACAAGCCUAGACAACUGCCUGCUGUGGGUUUCGCAUCAGGCCACUACUUCCUUCCCUGGUGUGCAGCCCGUGUGGCAACCAAUUACCAAAUUCUUGGCCCGCGACGUGGGCUCCCUGCUUCUUUUCUGGCAUACACGUACGAACCCCCGCCCCAGGAGCAUGGGAUAUGCCGGAAAGAGGCUUGGGCAGCGAGUCUGUGGAUAGCUUCAGAAGUUUCAAACAAUCCGUCUAACCUUAGGUCCAGCACUUUUUGGCACCAAAUCAAUACGCAUCGGCUCAAUGUCAUCUCCAAUUACUUGCUUCACGGUGUGUUGAAACUUCGCAGAGAUGGUCACUGGGUGAGAUACAUACGGAUCUGGCUGAUAUUCCUGCUAUCUGGUGUAUGGCAUGUAGCUAUCGAUUUCUCUUCAGGUAAUUGCACCGAGGUUAUUUCUGUCGGAUCAGAGUCUUAA